AUGCCUUCCGCAAUGAAGUCUGUUCUCGUCGCCUGCCUGGCCGCAGUGGCCACCGCCGCCCCCCUGGGCCCCAAGUUGAACGCCGACCAGAUGAAGAUCUACGAUCUCGCCAAGAGGCAACAGGCUGGAGCUGGGGCUGCUGGAUUGACGGAUAUUGAUAUCCUGCAAUUCGCUCUUACUUUGGAAUGGCUCGAGGGUACCUUCUACCAGCAAGGCUUCCAAAAGUUCCCCGCACAAGACUUCCAGGCUCUUGGUCUGUCCAACGAGCAAGUCAACGACCUGCAACAAGUUGGUGCUACUGAGCUGUCUCACGUGUCUUUCCUGCAAUCCGCUAUUGCCCAGGCCGGCACUCAGCCCGUCCAGCCUUGCCAGUACAACUUCGGUUUCACGAACGCUGCUGGCAUGGUCGCAACUGCCGGUGUACUCGAGAACGUCGGUGUUUCUGCCUACCUCGGCGCUGCUCCUCUCGUCAAGGACAAGGCCAUCCUCGGCGCUGCUGGCUCCAUCCUCACCAUCGAGGCUCGCCAUCAGACCUUCAUCCGUGCCGCCUCUAAGCAGAUCGCCAUUCCCCAGGCCUUCGACGCCCCUCUUGGUGUCCGCGCCGUCUUCUCUCUGGCCGCACCCUUCAUCGUCUCCUGCCCCCAGGGCUCCAACCUGGCUCUGCAGCCCUUCCCCAAGCUGGCAAUGACCGCCCCCGCCGACCCCAAGGCCGUCGCCGUCGGUGCUCCGAUUAUGCUCCAGUCCGAUGCCGCACCCCAGGCCAAGGCUUGCGCGUUCACCACUGGUGGCAUCCAGCCCGGUGGAACUGCCUUCACUCCCUUCAACCCCCAAACUGGCUGUGUCGUUCCCCAGGGUCUCAGCGGAGUCGUCUACCUCUCCCUCACCAAUAACGCCCCGAUGGCUGGCACGCUCACCGAUGACAUCAUUGUGGCCGGUCCCAUGGUGCUUACCAUCUCGUAA